GUCUCACGUCACACGUGACGUCCACGCCCAGUGAGAUUGCCGUAGUCAAAAUGUCAAAACAUAAACAACCGCGUGAGCGCGUGCUAACGCGGCCGGGCGGCAACUCAAACUCGGUGUAAUAUUUCUGGAUGGGCAUGGUGAUAUUCGACGCGGCAGCCGAUAGUGUGAAGCUUGGGAAGGUUCAAGGAAACCAACUUUUUGGCGUUCUUGUUGCGGCAGAACAGGCGUCAUGCAGACCUUGCAAGACCUGGUGGGGCUGGAAGAGUACCAGCUGAUGCAAGAGCACUGCAGGGUCAUCCUCAAGCCCCUCAAGCCCUGGCCAACACCGGACGCGCUGCCGAGGGGCGCCUUCUCCGACAAGGACGGUAGCCUGCUCUGGCUAGACACGGACAUCCUGGUGCGGUGCCGCGCCUUCUUCACGAGCAUCCAGUACCGGGCGGCCAUCUUCGCCGACUGCCCAUCAUUCAAGCCCCCGGGGGCCUUCGCCGAAGCGGUGGCGGACGUCGCCGGCAAGGCGCCCACGGUCGUGGUGGUCCACAACAGUGACUCCAUGGACGUCCUGCUCGAGGUGUUCCGCGAGGCGGGCGUGCUCUACCUCCCGCACGACCUCUGCCUGCACGAGGAGUCCGCAGCCUUCCCCGACGGGCCGCGGCACCCGCUGCGGGAGCUGCACGGAGACUGCGCUGCACUGGGCAGCGAGCACCUGGUCAUGACGCAGCGGCGGGUGUUGCAGAUGGGGCUGCGUUGUCCAAAGGUGACAGUUCUGAAUGCGAGUCUCCCAGACAUCACGAGGGCAGAGGCGGAUCGCUUUGUCUGGUCCGGCCUCGUUCACGAGUGGAAGACGCUUGUCCUGGGACACCACUACCGGGGAAGCGGGGGGGUGUCCGAGUCCUACUCCGAACCGUCGUUCCAUUGCUUGCGGAUGGUCGACCUCGUCUGCCCCCUCGUGGAGCACCUGACAGUGUGCACAAGCUCGCCGGACGUGGUGAUCAUGGCGAUGUGCUUCGACGUCGAGAGCCUCUCUGUGACCUUCGUCCCAGGACUGUGCUCGUUUGAUGCCUGUACGCCGUGCCUGGCCAUGUCCCGACGCCUCGAAGCGCUCUCUCUGCGCUAUUUCGACGGCGUCGACGUCGCCUAUCUCGCGGCGGUGCUCCCCGGCCUUCGCAAGCUCUCGCUCGAGCACUGCACGAUGCGAAACACCGAGGCGCCCAUGAAGCCUUUCGGCGAGCUGCAGGAGCUGGAGGUUGGAGCCAUGCCACUUCCGUCGUUGCGGUUUCUGCUGGAUGGGUGCCCCAACCUGACGUCGCUGACACUCAACAACCAGGAUGCCUGCAUCAUGUUCCUGCAGCCUUCCUUCCCCAAGUCGCAGCUGCGGAAGCUGAAGGUACUCAAGUUGCGCCUGCACUCGCCGUUGAAGCAGUGCGGGCUCCACGUCGACAACCUGCGUCAGCUGACCGAGGACCUGCCGGCGCUGCGCCACGUGGCGACAGACAGCCUGGACGUGCGGCUGUACGUCGAGAACCGAAUGAAGCACGCAACACUGCACUGGUACGACUGCACGGUCUGCGCGGCCAAGUUUCCCCAACAGAGCAGGCGGCACGGGAACUUGUGGAACAAGCUGCACUCGAGGCCGACGUGAUGAACAGACAGUGCAGCACGUACGCUGUGUCAGGUGUUUCGGAAAAGAGUUAGCUGUGUUUUCUUCGACGAAGAAAGGAACAACGCGUCAGCAGUUACAAGUUUCAGCUAACUUGUGCAAAGGCUUACAAAAUGCUAUUGCACAGUAUGCACGUCGAAUCGACACGAGAUUGUUCACGGUGUAUGUUUCUCAUCAUGUGGCAAAAACUUUUAUGAGGCUACCUGCUAGCAAACUCCAGUCACGUAAAAUAUUUUUAAGUUCUCGCAGGUUUUCUUUGAACCUCAAAAGAAUUAAAUGCGCAGGGGCCACCCCAUGGAAACAGCAUGGCCGGAUAUUUUUAACACACGCACACCUUUUUGCAUUGGAGGGCUUGCGCACAAACUAAUAUUUUAAAAGUUAAGUAAUUAAUUCGUCAAUUAGACAGUUUGGCACGUCGCAAGAAAUAUCUCAACAUACUCUAUAAGACAGAAUUGACUGCAUUAGUUAGACAUGCAUAGUGUAUACAAGUUAGCUGAAAUACCCUGGAGUCUGGUGCAGGUUAAGAAUAGUGGAACUAGCUUCUUUAAAUCCCUCAGCAGAGCGAAUGAGGAGGCAACUGGGAGGAGGAAACUACUAGUCAUGGCGAGCAGAGAGCUUUGUUGGGGGGGGUGGUGGGGGGGCUUGUUCUGUUUACCUGCAGCAGACUAUAGCGGUUGUUAUCAAAUGCCAAAGUUUGAGAACUUGCCUUUAUCCGAUUCAAAAGUUCCGAGCAGCUUUCAGAGAUUUGAGACAAGAGGAGGAGGCCCGUUCCCGGGAGCCGACGCCGUUCAUAUCCCCAUGUAUUUGUGGGUUUCUCGGGCCAUCAUUGUCUCACUGAAAAUUUCCGAAAAUUGCUUUUUUGUUGGAUAACGGUUAGUAAUGAAACUUACACAUCUGGUGUAUACCGCCAGAACUACAUUUGGGGGGGGGGGGGGGGGGGGGGGGGGGGGGGAAGAGAAGAGGAGGAGGAGGAGACUGAGCAUUUGGCAAUAUAUUGUUUUUGUAGUAACACAGUCAUUAAAAAGUGUUGAUUGCAAAGUAUUGUAAUCAGAAAAAAAAAGUAUUUUUGUGAAAGCUUUAGGUACCUGUGAUGACUCUAUGCGAAUCUGAGUGUUUCUCUUUUGUUUUCAAGCUCACGCAGUACAGUGCCCAACUAUGUUCAGCAAACACAUAGGUGCAGUUCCUUCUCACGAAACUUUGCAUUCCUUGAUUGUUUUAAUAAAGCUACUAAGUGAAUUUUCGGCCUUCAAUGUGACGAAGGUUGAGCACUUAAUAUAUGGCCCCAAAAGAUUUUUUUUUUAAAAAACUAACUUGUGUAAUAUUCUUUUUUUUUUUCCUUCGUAGCUCCUUCCAUACUUCCUUAUGCCUAGAGUUAUCAGUGCCAUGCAAAGAAAACGUGCCUUUGGUAAACUUUAAUGUUUAUUUGAGGUUUGAGUCUUAACUGUAAAUCUAGUCGAUCAAGUAAUUCAUCAUCUAUAGAAUUUAUAAAGAGCAACUGCAUAUCUAGUCGAUCAAGUAAUUCAUCAUCUAUGUAAUUUAUAAAGAGCAUUAAAAAUAUCAAAGCUAACUCAUGGAACUCGUAAACGCUGCCACCCUUGCAGUCUGAUAGGUUUUCUUUCUGAUUUUAGAAACCAUAAACUAAAUACUGGAAUGCUUUAAAAAGACUGGCUUUAAACUUUUGGUGAAGCCUUAGAAGUCAAGCCUUAGAAGCUUUCCUUCUUUGGGUGAAACUGGAGUAGAGAUUUUGCUGAAACGUCAUCUAUGUAACAUUGGUGUUCCUUAACAUUGUUUUUACAUUUUUAGUGGGCCUUAGUGCACAUUGUGCUAGCUAAUCAAAGCCAGUGUCUUCAGAACCAGCUUAUUUUGUACCAAACGUACGACAGCAGCAUGUAUUUGCUGCUGUUUAAAUCUCACUAAACAAAUUUGUUUUUAUAAAUUGUUGUGCAGAAAGCAUGUUUUUUUAUAUGAACCAGCUUUUCCAGUUAUAAUCUGCCCAUCUUUCUCUGCAGAAUUAAAGUUGUACCAGCUUUACGAGUGUUGCACAAAACCGUUGACACUAGGCUAGUGUUCAUUUUAUGUUCUUUUGGAUGAAUAAACAUUUUAUGAAUGCCACCUUCAACCUCAUGUUUUUAGUUUUUACUAAAAGCCAGCAGUGAUCAUGUCUCAAAGAAGUUUAGCCAGAUGAAGCAUACCACUGU